UAGCCACCACCCCCAAAAUGUAAGAGCAAGAAGGAACUUUGGACAGACCUCUGCAGAUUUCAGAAGUGAGUACAUCUUUCCCUCUCCCAGUUGAAGGGAACAUAGUAAAAACUCCUGACCACAAUACUACCAUUGGCUGCUGAAACUCCAGUACGGAGACAGGAGGAUGCUGAACAUGGUGUUCUCCCUCAGCACUGACAGGGUACCCGAGGCCUUCCUGUGGGCCUUAUAAUCCAGCGCUUUCCUUUCAGUUCCCAAAACUAAAAUGAUAAACAAGAAUUUGAUCUAAAAGUCAGCAUAAGUCAGUGAAGAAAGUGGGGAUGGAAAAGAAGCAUGACCAUGAGGAGCCACCGUGCAUUAGACUCAGAGUUGCUCGGUAAGGGUAAAUACUAAGUGGCUGUGAAAUCUGAUCCAUUCCUAACGAAAGAGAAAGUUAGUGUAAGUAGAGCUGAGGGAGACAGACAGACCGACAGACAAAUGCAGGCUUUUGAUCGCAUCUUGGCAAGAACAGCAGAAGAUGAAAUGGUCUGUGGCCGGAGAAGACACUUUGUGCUGCAAUUAUAAAAAAAUAAAAAUAAGGGAGAUACACACACCUGGCCUCUAACUGGAAUUUACUGACAAAGGAUGACAGAAAAAAUUCUGGAAAAGUUCGAUGCCCUGGAGGAGAAAGCAAGGAUACUUGCAGCCAUCAGGGAAAAGAAUAGCAACUGGCGUCUUAAAAAAAAGCCUUUGAUUACACCCAUGCUGUUUGACCAUCAUGUGAAGUUUGGAGACACAAUUACCCCAGCUGCAUUUAAGACAGUAGCAAAUAUCACAGAAGAUGAAUCAAAUGAUCUUAAGAAGUCAAAAAAGUCUGUGUCUUUCAAAUAUAAGCCUAAACCCAGAAGUGAUUUUGAAGAGUCAGAUUUAAGACCACCUACUCUUGCAACAGUUAUAAACGAUGAAGAAAGUAAAUUAAUGGAACACAAAGAAGAAAAUCUAAAACCAAGUUCUACAUCUCUUCGUUUUCUUAAAGAUAAAGAGACAGGAAACACAAAGCCCUUGCCUCUGCCACUGCCUCGGUCUAGACACCCGAGUAAAAAAUCAGCAGAGUCUUCAAUCCUGUCUCCCACACUCAACAAAGUAUCCAAUGCUGACCAGAAUGAAAGCAGAGCUAAGAAGUCCACGCAUUCCACAGACCACUCAGCAGAUUCUAGUAGAAAUGGGAGAAAACACCGUCCAGAGGUGAAUAAUUUGAUUACAAAAGAAAGCGAAUUAACCAGAAAUGACCAAGCAAGAAUGACUCAUCCAGUCAAACAGAACAUCUUGUUUCCCCUGGACUGUGAGGAUCUACUGAAAGAUCCAAAAAUGAAGACAAUUGACCUUGGUCCAACAGAGACAGUGCAUACUUCUAUGGGAAGACAACUCCUGGCUUGCUGUCCAGGGCUCAUUUAGCCCUUGGUUUCUGUUCUGCUUCUGUCUUAUUCUGCCUAGAGACCUCCCAGGUGUCGCUAGCACAAGACACUGACUUGCUCCAUGUCUAGGGGACCUCAGGCUGAAGGCUUCAUUCAGAUGAAUAGAUCUCUGUGCCCAAGGCAGAGCAAAUGUCAGGGUUUAAUGUGGAAGAGAAAAUCUCUGCCUCAGCUGAGGGUUCUCCCUCUAGUCCAUCUCCUAGUCCAGACACCCUAUAAUGGUACCUAAUCAAUACGUUGUGCCAGCACCCUCCCACUCUUCUGGCCUCUCCUUGACUUCUAGUCCUAAGUCUUCCUUAUCUAAGGACUCAGUCCCUUUCCCCGAGGCCAUGUAACAAACAGAAUGUCCCAUCCCAAGUAUGGCUUCUGAUGUGGUUUGAAUGCCUCUGUUUCCCCAAAUCCACAAGCUGGAGCUGGAGAUUAAAAGCUAGUGUAUUGGUCACAUGAGAGACAUUUAUGAGGUGAUUACGCCAACUCUCAGCAAUGGGGUCAGUACAAAGGCCUCCAGGGAAUUAACUAGUCUGUUUUUUAAUUUAUACCUUGUGCUGUACGAGAGACACCAAGACAGUGCCAACUAUAAAGGACAGACCAGACACCAAGCUCUUUCCAUUUUUGAGUUUAGACUUUCCAACUUUCAAAGCUGUAAGGAAUAAAUUGCUAUUAUUUAUUUUUUAAUGAAGCAAUUAUUGAUUUAAUAUUUGCUAAGCAAAUACUGGUAAUAUGUAUAUUUUACUAGUUUCCCUGGAAUUAACUUUUUAACCUAGAAAAAGAAUUAGAGAUUGCGAAAAUUAAUUAUGCAAGUGUGGGAUGGUAAUUUUAAAACUUAUAGAUUUAGGGUUGGGGAUUUAGCUCAGUGGUAGAGCACUUGCCUAGGAAGCACAAGGCCCUGGGUUCGGUCCCCAGCUCCGAAAAAAAAGAAAAAAAAACUUACAGAUUUUACUAUUACUAUAAUAAAUCAUGUUCUAUCUUUAUAUCUGUCUAUUAAUUUGGCUAUUUUAUUCAAAUAUAUAUUAGGUACCUUUUCCAAGUAUUAUAUCAAGUCCUAAGGUAUAAUUGCAAACAUAAUAAUGGACAUAAUUCAAAAUUUUUAAAUUAGAAUAGCUAUAUGUGAUCACUGGGUUUAUAUUCAUUAAUGUCUCUUAUGACCUUUGACUCAGCCCAUUUUGGAGAGUUUGUUGUCAGAAGCUAUCUAGGGAAGGCUAAAAACAUACAAGUGAUGUUUCUGGAGAUGGUCCACCAUUUCUCAUGGCAUGGGUGAGCUCUGAGGCAAGGUCCCAAGAGACUUCAUCCCAGGAUUGCUUCCUGCUGCUGAUAUACAUAUUCUAAUGAUUUUUGGGCAUUAGCCCACCCUAUUGGGCAGAUUUUCUGCAGAUUAACAUGAAGAUAUACUCUCAUGUAGCAAUGCUAUAGGAUGAUGUCAUUAUGCAGGUGAAGACAGGUACAAGAUAGAACAAGGCAUUGUACGAGAAGGAAGGAGGGGUGGGAGAAAAGUUUUAGAGAGGAGGAGGAGACUAGAGGAGGAAGGAAAGCAGCCACGAGAAUGAGUCGGAUGUUAAGAUUCCUCUCUGCACAUUUACAGGUUGUUAUGAAUAUUCUUAAGAGAUGGAUGUAUACAGGGCUUUGUAUGUCUAGGUGGGCAAUUAUAUAUUAUCAAUUGGAUCAGAGGUUAUUGUGUUGUGUGUUCUUUCAUUGGCGAUUUAAUUGAAUUGAAGAGAGUGGGUAGUGGCUGGAGACACUAUGCCGCCACAGAAUUUGGAUGUGUAUGUCUGGCAUGGUGGCAAACUGCCUUGAGAACUAGACGGUUAGAGAGAUUGUUGCCAGGCUCAGAGAGGAGCCAUUGGCAGUGUGAUAUGGGAUGGAGCAAAGCAGGUGAGACACUUUGCUGACUGACUGAAAUGAAAAUAUCAGUCAGAUGUCAUGAGGCACUACAGUUCUGGCACUAGUGCGGGGUAAAAUAAAGCAUUUUAUUUUUAAUUUUACAGCAACACAAUGCUGUGUAGACAAGUUGAUGCUUUCAUAAUUCCUAAUAAUAAUUUUAUAAAAUUCCUAAAAUUAUACAAAUAAUUCCCAGCCAUCUAAUAGCUGCAAAUAGGGUUCUGUCACGGCUAGUUGCACUAGGAUAAGAACGCAGGCUUUGAACAAACUUAAGAUCAGGGAAAACAUUCCUUCUAGGUUAGCUGUGAGGCCGCUGUCUGGUUACUGAAAGUCAUAAGCUGGGAAUGGACAACUUUUGUAGGUGCAAGGACAGAAAAUAAAAUGUCAACUAGUUUAUUUAUACACAACUUCAAAACUAAUGAAACACAAGGCAUAUGAUUUGUCUCUUGACAAAACUGUGCUAACUUCUGAUAUACAAAUUAUUGCUUUAAACUUAUAAUGAACCUAUGAAGCUAGUAACAGAUAUUGAAUGUUUAGUCAGCAACUAGUCUUAAUGGAAAGAAUGUAAACAUUCCUACAGUAACUCUUUGUCAUUUUAUGACAUAAACUAUUUUAUUUUGUAUUGAACUUACUAUGAACUUUAGAAAAGUAUGUGAGCAAUUAUCCUGAGAGUGUAUAAGAGCUAAAAACCAAAAAUGAAUGAGGGUGUGGCCUUUUUUCAGCUUCAUCUAGUAUGUAUGUACCUCUGUAUGAAUGCCUUUCUUUCCUUCCUUCUUUCUAUUAUUAUUUUUUCUUUUUCUUUUCUCUCUGACUCAGGAAGAGUUAAGGAACUUCAAACCUCUCAUCAGGCCAGGGAGAGGCUGAGUUAAAGAGAAAAAAGAACCAAAAUAAAGUCUUUUAUCUCCUGCUGCUGCCAGCAGGAGUUUAUCACCAGAAACCAGCUAGCAUUUAGCUACAGAAUAGUUAAGAAGCUGGCUAUUAUUAGCACAAAAUAGUAAGAGAGAGUUACAAGGCCAGAGAUCAUCAGUCUUUGAGCUUUGACCUUUGUCUGUGUCCUGCUUCAGAGCCUGGAGUACCUCCAAGUUUGGGGCUGGACUCCUGCAGUUUGUUCCUUUUCUUUCUAGAGCAUGGCCUUCCAAGAAAUGCCCAUAGUGCUUCUUCUUACCCUCUCUUCUCCCCAUUUGCAAUGCAACAAACAUUUAGAUAAUGUACUUCUGUAUACCUCACAUUAUUUCAGAAAGAAUUUAAGGAAGCCAAGCCUUCAAAUUUGGUAUCUAAUAAAGCUAUUGGCUAUUGAGAAGGAAGUGUAUUAUAGAAAAGCACCUGUUUUCUUUAAU